UUCACAAGUAUCUUAUCAAAUAUUUAAAAAAUUAUCAUUUUUCGCCCAAAAAUAUUGUCUUUUUAUUGAUUUGAAGCAUACAAAAAAACAUGAAGCUAGUAUUUUUGAUAUUAGUUUUGGCUGUGAGUACACAAGCUGUUAGUGAUAUCCUUAGAAAUGAAACUGGAAGACAUUGGUUUACGUUGCAAGGAAAGGAGUAUUUUAUCGAAGAAAAUGUUAAGGCCAAUUUCUGGACUGCCGUUCAAUACUGUUACCACAAUAAUAUGCAAUUGGUAAGUCUGGGAACGCAAGAAGAGAAUGAUGCGCUUUAUAAUCAAGUCGAUCAAUUUCUUGCCGGACAAGCAGAGUUCUGGUCUUCGGGAAGCAGAAUAGCAAACGACGAUGACUGGAUUUGGCUUACAACAGGAUGGCCAAUUAAAGUUUUCAACUGGGGCGAUGGAGAACCAAACAAUAAGGGCAAAAAAGAAAGAUGCAUUUCGCUCUAUUAUAGACAUUAUCAAAAUGGAUGGUGGAACGACGAAAAUUGUGACAAUGAACUAGGAGUUAUCUGCGAAACAAAGUGUCAAGAUUAGUUUUAUUAUUUGAAUAAAUUAAAUGCAACGUAUUUGUAUCUUAUUUUUAGUUGAGGUGAGUUAAGUAUAUUUGCAAUUAAAUGUCGUAAAGAUUAUAUAUUAAAGAUGAAAUAGUGUUUGGUG